AGCAAGUAGAGGACAGUGGGAGGGCUGAAGUGAAAGAGGCAAAGCAGGCAAACAGUUUACAUCAUUAUUCCAGAAAGAUCCAUCGCUGGCUCGUGUGCCAGGGGCCGUCGGUGCUGCUCUAUUUAAGUGCGCAGGCAGAAGAGGCAGCAGUUUUCUGAGUGCUGCUAAAGCCCAGACACAAAAUGGACAUCGCCAUCCAGCAUCCCUGGUUCCGUCGCUCCUUCUGGCCAUCCCUCUUUCCCAGCCGGAUCUUUGACCAGCACUUUGGGGACCCCAUCUCUGAGGCCGAAAUGAUCCCCUCUCUGUACUACCCACGACCUUCCUUUUUCCGCUGGCCAAGCUGGGUGGACAACAGCCUUUCUGAGAUGAAAAUGGAAAAGGACCGUUUCUCCCUAAACCUGGAUGUCAAACACUUCAAACCAGAGGAGCUGUCGGUGAAAAUCAAUGGAGAUUUCAUUGAAAUUCACGCUAAACACGAGGAUCGACAGGACGAUCACGGUUUUAUCUCGCGGGAGUUUCUAAGAAAAUACCGUGUCCCUGCUGGUAUGGAUCCAGCCUCUGUCACGUCCUCCCUGUCUGCGGAUGGGGUUUUAACCGUGACAGCCCCACGCAAACACACAGAGGGCCCGGAGCGCACCAUUCCCAUCACCCGUGAAGACAAGCCGGCCGUGGCUGGGUCUCAGAAGAAGUAAAGCUGCUAGACUGCUGUGUUUUAGAUUCAUGUCCUUGUCUUCUUCCUGUUACAUUACAAGGGAAUAACUUAUUAGCUUUUCCUGACAGGCCAAAACUUAUGCUGUCUUUGCUAUGCAAUCUUAACGAUAAAUGUUACCUAAACGGAUUUCAUAGAAAUACACUUUUACAAUAAAGCAUUGUUUUCUGUUGAUGCCACCAAACAAAGGGGCUUCUGUUUAUCUUGCAGCUUGACAGCAAGACAAAGUAUUUGAGUGUAGAAGUAUUUUUCCCCACCAUUUUUUUUAUGACAAAGACAAACAGGCAAAAAUGGGCCAUUGUAUUAAACUCAGCUGGAUCAGAUGGCAAAUGAUGCCGCAGUCUCUCAUUAUUAAUGGUGUGAUUUGUAGAGGAGUAAGCAUAAGGUCCUAUGAGUUAGCGUUACUUUAAACAUUAACUAAACAUGAGCAAUAUUUUCCUUACAGUAUUUAUUCAUCUUUGUUAAUGUUAGUUAAUAAAAAUACAACUGUUAAUAAUUUCAUGUUAACUCUGGCACAUUAAAUAAUAUUAACAGAUAUUAAUCUGUGUUAGUACAUGUUGAAAAAAGCAUUAUACAAGAUUAAUAACUGCUUUGAAAGUUUUUUUUUGUUCACUGUUAGUUGAUGUUAACUAAUACUGGUAGGGAUUAUUGUGGUGUUGUUUAUUCUCUGUAUGUUAAAUGAUUUGUUUUGAGAUGUCACAAUGGCUUUAGUUUUCGGUAUGGAAAGGUAAAGCUCAUUUAAUGAUGGAUCUGGGACCAGAGAAAAAGUCACAGGAUUUAAAUGUUUUGAGAAGAUUUGUGUGCGUUGAUCCAGGUUUGAUUGGUUAAUGACACUGCAUUGCUUCACACUAUAUACUUUCACCACUGUUUUUACGUGAUAAUAGCAGGAGCAGGGCUUUAAAACCCAAGGUUGAAGAUGGUUAUGAACACAGCUUUAAACUGGAAUGAAAGCUAAUGUUAAGUCAGCAUGAUUAGCAGGUGCUACUCACAUGGUGGUAUGCUGCAGACAGCUGGUGUGUUACUGCAAAAAAUGAAGGAGAAAGAAUAAAAGCAAGUUUAUUAAUGCAAGAUUUGAAAA